AUGUCUGAGGGUGCAUCAAGUGAUAAGGAUUUUUCCGAUACAGCUACUACAGUCGCGACCGAGGAAGAGCCCACUCGCCAUAUCGAUGCUACGGCACUGAAGGUGACCUAUAAUCCAGUACGGUCUUCUCUACCUCUUCUGAGCUCUCUCAAGUGGGGUGAGACUUUCACUGAUCAUAUGUUGACUAUUGACUAUGAUGCUGAUAAUGGUUGGCAUGAUGUAAGAGCCUACUUCUAA